CUUGGAGAUCUUCUUCGCUGGUUCUUUUGAGCUCUGGUACAAAUGAUACCCUUCUACAAGAGUUGCUGUGACAAGAGCAGACAGUGCUGCUACUGUGAGAAUCUUCGUACUGGACAUCUCUUCACAGUGGUUGUGGUCACUUUCUCCGACUCCAAAGUGGUGAGCUUAGGAGAAAAAAAAAAAUUUUGUAUUAUAUGUCCCGGGGACAUUGGCGAUGAGCUGCAGAUUUUUUGUCCACUUUGCCAAUGGCCUCCUCGGACAUGUCCAAUUGAGACAUAAAUGGUUUUGAUGGAGAGAGGCCACGGUGUAAUGAGACAGCUACGGCUUCUACGAUGGACUGUCCUUGUGAAACAAGUGAGGCAUUCAUCGUCCAAGUCGAUCCAGGAGAGGAUAGCGGAGAUCCCGAUUGAACGGUACAGGAACUUCUCCAUUGUGGCACACGUCGACCAUGGGAAGUCAACGUUGAGUGAUAGGCUGCUGGAGCUCACUGGUGUAGUUAAGCCUGGGCAGAAGCAGGUGCUGGAUAAGCUCGAUGUGGAGCGAGAGAGAGGUAUUACCGUCAAGGCACAGACGUGCUCGAUGUUCUACAAAUACAAAGGCUUGGACUACCUGUUACACCUCGUUGACACUCCAGGCCAUGUUGAUUUCAGAGCCGAGGUGUCGAGAAGCUAUGCCUCCUGUGGUGGAGCACUGCUGCUGGUGGACGCAUCGCAAGGUGUGCAGGCUCAGACUGUGGCCAACUUCUACCUGGCUUAUAGUAUGGGAUUGAAGUUGAUACCGGUUAUCAACAAGAUUGACCUUCAGCAGGCUGAUAUCCCUUCUGCAAUACAACAGGUUGAGACUACGUUUGAAUUGCCGGAAGAGGAUAUCAUACAGGUGAGUGCAAAGACAGGAUUGAACGUGGAAAAGCUGCUUCCAGCGAUAAUUGAAAGAAUACCUCCUCCUACUGGUAAGCUCUCAAGCCCAUUUAGAGCACUCCUGGUUGACUCAUGGUACGAUUCGUAUUUGGGUGUUGUUCUUCUGGUCCAUGUUGUUGAUGGAACUGUGAAGAAGGGCCAAAGAGUGUUUUCACCUCACACCGAGCGUAAAUACGAGGUUAAAGAAGUCGGUAUCAUGUAUCCAGAGAGGGUGAGCAUUGAUACGUUAAAGGCCGGACAAGUUGGUUAUAUUGUUUGUGGAAUGAAGCAGACAUCGGAAGCGAUGAUUGGUGAUACCUUCAUGAACGUCUCUCAGCCUGUGGAGCCAUUGCCAGGGUUCGAAGAGCCCAAGCCCAUGGUGUUUGUCGGUGCCUUCCCUGCGGACGACACUGAUUUCAAAGAUUUGGACGACAAGAUGAACCAACUGGUCUUAAAUGACCGUUCUGUAACAUUACAGAGAGAGACCUCGAAUGCGCUGGGUCAAGGAUGGAGACUAGGGUUCUUAGGCUCAUUACACGCCUCUGUAUUCAAAGAGAGACUGGAAAAAGAGUAUGGUGCUUCCCUUAUCCUGACGAAUCCAACUGUUCCAUAUAAGAUCAUAUACUCUAACGGUGAAGAGAAGACCAUUACAAACCCAGACGACUUCCCAGACGGCACAACAAAGAGACAGGCGGUGAGUAGGUUCCAGGAGCCUUAUGUCCAGGCCAUAAUGACGUUCCCACAGGAGUAUCUCGGCACAGUUAUCCAGCUGUGUGAUAACAAUAGGGGCAUUCAAAAGGAGAUCAACUAUCUAACUACUGGACAGUGUCUUUUGAACUACGAGAUCCCAUUGAGUCAUCUCGUGGACGACUUCUUCGGUAAGCUGAAGUCUGCGACACGUGGCUAUGCAUCGCUGGACUACGAAGAUGCCGGCUACAAGGACUCAAAGAUUUGUAAGCUGGAACUACUCGUCAAUGGCAAAGGUGUUGAUGCACUGGCCCAGGUGAUGCAUCAAUCUUUGGUCCAAUCCACGGGUAAAGAGUGGGUUGAAAAGUUCAAAGAGCACGUUAAGAACCAGCUCUUCGAAGUCAUCAUACAGGCUCGGGCCAAUAACAAGAUCGUUGCAAGAUCAACCAUCAAGGCUAAGCGGAAAGAUGUGCUACACAAGAUGCACGCAAGCGAUAUCACCAGAAGAAAGAAGCUUCUGGUCAAACAGAAAGAGGGAAAGAAGAGAAUGAAGGCCAUUGGAAACGUGUCAGUGAACCAGGAGGCAUAUCAAUCGUUCUUGAGACGUUGAGUGCGCACAGGGAGCGGUGGAGAGUUGUAAAUAGUUCUGUAUAUAAAGCUGAAUAUGAGACGAAGGAGUAUAUGGCACUGUCAUCACCAUAGCGACCACCACAG